AGUUUAUAAUUUUGUCUUGCUAAGAAAAGUCUUCUACUUAAAAAAUGCAUGACCCUGGAUCCUGAUAUGCACACUUUUGAAGCUUGUUUGAGAGAGAGAGAGAGAGAGAGAGAAGAUGGAGAGGGAGGCAUGGUUGAGGGGAAUAUGGGAGAUGGUGAAAGAAGGGGUCUCACAAAGACUUCUUUCAUGGCAUCUCCCAUCUCCUCCAUUCCUCAUCCCUAACCAGCUCUCUGGUCUCACUGUCAUUGUCACUGGAUGCACCAGUGGGAUUGGACUUUGUGUUGCUAGGGAGAUGGUUAUGGCUGGGGCUCAUGUUAUCAUGGCAUGUAGGAAUGUCGAAGGUGCAAACAGAAUUGCCAGUGAAUGGACAGAAGAUACACACAAUAGCAAAGAUAUACUUGUCGAGGUCAUGCCACUGGAUCUCCUUUCCCUGGCAUCAGUUCAUAGUUUUGGAGAAGAGUGGAACCGUCGCGGAAUGCCCUUGCAUUUGUUAAUCAACAAUGCUGGAGCAUUUUACAUGAAAGAACCACAACAAUUUACAGAAGAUGGAAUCGAGCGGCAUAUGCAAGUGAAUCAUAUAGCGCCAGCAUUGCUCACUCUUCUUCUCUUGCCCUCUUUGCUUAAAGCUCCCUUUUCGCGGAUUGUCAAUGUGAAUUCAGUGGCUCACCAUUGUGCACUUAUUGAUCCCACUCGCUGGAAGAGUAAAAUUAACGACGGCGACUUUAAUGCCAUAAGAGCCUACGGAGAGAGCAAACUAGCACAACUUAUGUUCAUCAAAACACUUGCUGCAAAACUUUACAAGAAGAAAAUUACCUCUAUCCAGUGUAUUACAGUAAAUCCCGGCAUCGUGAAUACAAAUAUGGUCAAGCAACAACAGAAGCACAAAAUUGCAGAGUGGAAGUUGUUCUGGAUGUUUAGUCCUGCCGAAGGUGCAAGGAGCGUACUCUUUUGCUCAACAAACGAAAGUGUGGUUAAAAACACGGUCGAAUGUUUUGCGCACUACUCUUCAGUUUGCACACCGACGAAAGAGGCACCUCAAGCGAUGGAUGUAAAUUCAUGCUUUGAUGUUUGGAAAAAGACAAUGGAAAUGUUGGAUUUAGAUAUGGAUCAUCUUUCUCGACUCAUCGAUGUUUAGCUUCAACUAACCACCUUGUUCAAAUGCAUCUUAUUUUGGAGCUUCAAAUUUUGCAAUAUAUAUAGGACAUAUCAUGACUUAUCUUGUAAGAAAAUUUUGCUGUAUUUUACUUGUAUGAACACACAUACUUGUGAAUUUUAUCUAUACUUAUAUUGAUACAGAGAGCUCA